CUUCGUCGUACAGGCCUCUGGUCUUUCUCCUUUUGAUCUUAAGUUUGUGCUCUCCUCAGGUGGCCGACGUGUUCCAGAAGCUGAAGAUCAGCAGCGACUAUCCUCUGGCUGAGACGAUGAUGAUGCUCGGCUUCUUCCUCACGGUGUUCGUGGAGCAAUCUGUGCUCACCUUCAGGAAAGAGAAGCCUUCCUUCAUCGAUCUGGAGACCUUCAAUGCCGUCGGGUCGGAGGCCGGCAGCGACUCGGAGUACGAGACGCCCUUCAUCUCCUCUAACCUUGGCACGCCGGGGGGCGCGGGCAGUCACCGCUCCCACAGACACCAGCACGGACACUUCAGCCCAGCCAAGCUGGCGGGGGCGGGGCCUCUGCGGCUGGCCAGCCUGGUGCUGGCUCUGUCUGCUCACUCUGUAUUCGAGGGCCUGGCGCUUGGCCUGCAGGACGAUGGAUCAAAGCUGACCAGCCUCUUCCUGGGCGUGGCUGUGCACGAGACGCUGGCCACAAUGGCCCUCGGGGUGAGCGUGGCCAAGGCAUCGCUUGGCAUGAAGGACGCCGCUAAGCUGGGCAUCACAGUCAGCCUUAUGAUCCCGCUGGGGAUGUUGGUGGGGAUGGGCAUCGAGUCGACCCAGACGCUGGCGGGCAGCGUGGUGUCUGUGGUGCUGCAGGGAUUUGCCGCGGGCACCUUCCUGUUCGUCACCUUCUUUGAGAUCCUCUCCCGAGAGCUGGAAGACAAACAGGACCGGCUGCUCAAAGUGCUUUUCCUCAUCCUCGGCUACACCGUGCUCGCUGCACUGGUCUUCAUCAAAUGGUGACACACAGGAAGUGCUUUACUCCAUAAAGGCAGCAAAGUCCAGAUGUAAGAGGCAAACAAAUCUGCACCAGCUGGACUAACCCAACUAACUAGCUCAAAUAACUCUUUAUUGUCUUCAGCUGUGUCUGUAGUGUUAACUGUUUAGUUAAGAGAACUAUUAUAGGUAACUUCUAUAUAUCAAAUAAUAUAUUUUAUAAACAAGGAAUGUAUCUCCUUAAAGAGCAACU